CUUCCCACGGACCGGCAGGGGGAGCGCGCGCCGGGCGAAGGCGCUACAGUUCCAUGGAGGGGGCGGAGGCGGAGGAGCGGGAGUGGGCCGCGGUGGCCCGGGACCUGCUGACGCUGGGGUAUGAGGGUUUUUCGGGGGCGGCGUCGCUGGGAACCUCGUGCCCAGACUUCAGGGCUCUGUGCGCGCGGCUGGCGGCGGAGCUGGCGACUCUGGGUGCCCUGGAGCGGCAGCGAGAGGAGGGCACGGAGGCGCUGAGCGCCGGCGACGGUUCUGUUCCCGAGGAGGAAUUCCUGCGACAGUUGGCCGGCCUGUUGCGGGAGUUGCACUGCCCAGACCGCAAGCUCUGCGGCAGGAACUGCGGGGCCUCGCUGCGGGAGCCCGGCGUGCGCCUGCGCCUGCUGCGCUUUCUCUGCUCGGAGGUCCAGGCUGCUCGCCUCCUCCGCCUGCAGUCCCGUCUGGAUCCCAGCCCUGAGCAGUCCGGUGUGGAGGGAGCAGAGGAGGGAUCUGGCUUGGUCCAGGAAAUGGUCCUUACUCUCCAAGCGCUGGGGCUGCCUAGACCCAUGCCGGGGACCCCAGCCAGCCAGCUGCUUCGAGACUUGCAUGCCAAGAUCGCAGAGCUGCUGCCUUCCCUGCCCGCAGGGUCCCUAAAGCCUCUCCUCAGCUACCCGCUGGAUGCACCUAGAUGGGAAGCAUUGGAGUCUCUGCACCAAAGCCUGCGAGAUCAGUACUGCUGCCGCCGCUGCCUCCUCCUCAAGCGCCUGGACCUCACAACAUCUGCUUUCCACUGGAGUGAUCGGGCAGAGGCCCAAGGAGAGGCCAUGAAGGCAGUGCUGAUCCCAAUUCGAGAGGCUCUGACCCCAGAAUCGAAUGUCUCCAUUGCACACGUCCUGGCUGCUCGAGCUGACCUGUCACGCCUUGUCCCAGCCACCAGCAAGACUGCCCGCCGAGGGACCUGCUGUGCUAUCCACAAGGUCUCCGUUGCUGCACGUGGCCUUCUCACUGCGGUGGCUUCUCUUAUUGCAGAGCAUGGGCUCUAGGUGCACGGGCUUCAGUAGUUGUGGCACUCGGGCCCAGUAGUUGUGGCUCGUGGGCUCUAGAGUGCAGGCUCAGUAGUUGUGGCACACAGGCUUAGUUGCUCCCGCGGCCUGUGGGAUCUUCCCAGACCAGGGAUCGAACCUGUGUCCCCUGCAUUGGCAGGCGGAUUCUUAACCAAUGCGCCACCAGGGAAGUCCUAAAUUUAAUUUAUGACAGCCCUAGGACCUAUCUCUGUGGGGGCCAGGUCAGGGGUGCUCAGGUUUGAGGAAAGGUAGGGGGUCUCUGUCCCCUGGGUCUGAACAGGCCCCUGCUGCUCUGACCUUUAAAGCCCUUUGCUCUUCAGCAACAUCUUUCCCUCCCAGUGGGCAUGGGGGAGGAGACAUGCAGGCAUCGGGCAAACAUCUGUCAGGUGCCCACCAUGUGCCAGCCAUGUGCUAGGCAUUGGGGUUACAGAUAAUAAUAACCGCUGGUCUCCCGGAGCUGACCUUUCUGGUGAGGAAGGGCAGACGAGAAAGUUUAGUUUGUCAGAUGGGGAAAGGGCUUUGGAGAGAAAUAAAGCAAGAAGGCAGGAUUGGGACCAUGGCGGGAUUGCAACUUUAUGCCUGAUCAGGGGAGGCCUCUCUGAGAAGGUGGGUACUUGAGCUAAGUCCCAAAGAGGGAGCCAUGUGGACCUCUGGGGAAGAGCCUUCCCUUCCUGACAGAGGGAGUGUCCAGUGCAAAGGCCCUGAGGUAGGAGUAUUUUGGGGCAUGAUCAGGGACCAUCGGAGGCCAGUGUAGCUGAAGCAGGAUGAGUGAGGGGGUGAGUGGUGAGAGGGGAGGUGGGAGAGGUGAUGGGGGCAGACCAUGAGGGGUGGGCCACAGUGAGAACGCUGGCUUUUCCCCUGAGUGAGAUGAAGCCAUGGGAGGGCUCUGAGCAGAGGAGGGAUGUGAUUGGACUCAGGUGUUCACAGGCUACCUCCCUGUUCCACCCUUUCUCUGGCCUUCUCUCCCAUCUCUGGAACUCCAGAGUUUGGAACUUUACCCACCCUGUACCAUCCCCCUCCUGACCCAUGCUGACAUCAGCGUAGCAUAUUGGUCAGUAGCUUCCAUUUUAGAGGCAGGCAAACCUGGGUGUGAGUCCUGUCUCCAGCACUUAGGAGUUCUGCCACCUUGGGUGAGCAGUUUAACUUCACUGAGCCUGUUUCCUCAUCUGUAAAAUGGAGAUUUAAGGAGGUGGCGAGAUGAUGCCUAGGUCUAAAUGUAUCCAACACAGAGCUGCACAGAUAUUAAAUGCAAGAAAAGGGAGUACGAUUAAUAGCCACUCUGAUGCAAAAGAAGAAAGUAACUUUCUUUCGGAGUAAGAGAUGACGGAUGCUUCAACAAAGGCAGUGUGGAUGGGAAGGAGGCGAUGCCUUUGGGGGGUUCUGCUGGAGGCCUGGAGGCCGAAUAAUAGGACUCGAGACUGACUCUGGUGGAGGGAGUGGGGAGAGAGCAGACCAAGGCAACGUCUAGGAACUCAGCUUGGAGGACCGGGUGGGUGAUGGGGCCGUCGCUGGCAGAGGGACCUGGAAGGAGGAAGACACUGGGUGAUGUGGGAAGUGUACGAUGUCCAGGAGACGGUUCACUGCAGGGGGAGAGCCUCACCCAGACUUGUUAAAGUGGAUGGAUGAAUGUCCCCUCUGGAUUUUCUUUUAGCUCAGUCUGAGAGUCCCCACUUUUGAAUCGUGGUAUUUAUUCCACCAUUAGUGUCUGAUAUAUUUGGCCUUAUUCUAGCCAUCUUAUAGUUGUCUUUCUUUUUUUCUUCCUAAACUCCCUUUUCUUUUCUACUAGUGGCUACCCCUUCCCCUCCCCACACCAUACUGUAAUUCCUAUUUUUCUAUCAACAUUAAAAAUUAACCACUAUCUAUGCCCUCCUACCCAAGCAAUUGAGGACUUUUGCAUAUUUUAACUUUCCUAUGCUUCCCCAAAUCUGUCUGGGCUCCCCCAGGCAAAUAGGCUGGUCUCCCUGUAUCCAGUUGUGGGUAGGGGCAGCUCCUCCUCACCGUCUCUGGUUCCCAGGAGGGAUGUGAGGGUUCUGUCUGGGUCCAGGCAUGGCAAACGUGCCACCCAGUCUCAGGUUCCAGGGAUAGCGUGUAGGAGAGAUUGUCCUCGGAGCCUGUUUGUGGGGUUGUGGACGGGAGGGAUGUGGGUGCGGUAGGAAAGACCUCAGGACCUUGGAGUUAAUCCCCAUCCAUCCACCAGGCCCCCUUCCCAGGACUGCUACACCCUGGGUCUUACCACAGCCGGCAUGGGGAACUGGUGUGGGUGGGACAGGGGCUUCUGGGGGGCUCACGUCGCCCUUGGCCCCUGGCCUCUUCUUACACUCCACCUUCACUUGGUCUCUGCAGUGUUUGUGGCAACACAGCCCACAGUCUGGGGGAAAUUCAGAGGUUAGUGCCAGAGGCCCAGUCUGUGUCCUCUAUUCUUCCAGCCCGCGGGUCCUGGAUUCCCUCCCCCUACCCGUGCCCCGCUCACCCUGACAGCGGUAGCCUUGCUUGGUGACACCCCAAAGCUGGGAAGAGAAAGCAGAAUAGGUUACCUAGGCUAGGGGAAGGAGGGCUGUGAUUGGGGUGGGGCUGGGGUCUGUCUGGAGGAAACAAUUCAGGUUUUGGAAGUUUUCAAGGCUAGAGGCUUAUGUGGGAUCUGGGAGACUAAAGGAAUUAGGAGGUUAUCUCAGGUCUGGAAAGUCAUCUGUGAUAUGAGAAUUGGACAAAAUUUGGAAUUAAUAAAGCAUAA